UAGAUUCACAUAGAAUAAACAUGAAACGACGAACUACCAAAAAAGACCCCAAAAGAUUUCUCCCAACUAACGUGGAACAACGUAAAGAGAAGGAAUAUAUUCAAAGACACUUACGGGAGGGUCAACCUGCUAAUCUGACCAACAUGAUUAUAAAGCAUUACUUUCAGGCACCGAAGGUACCCUUUCUUGGGUACGGAAUGCCAAGACCCGGUACAAGCGCCGAGUCGGUGAAGAACUGUCAGGUACGAGGUAAAGCUCCAGGCAUCGUUGUUGUAUCUAACCACAAAUCAUUGUCUAGUUACGCUCACCAUUGUCAACAUCAUCUAGGGACCAAUGGGGAAUACUGUGACAUCCUCGGACCGGGUUCCUGUUCUGCUUGUAUUGAGGAAACCAAUCGCUAUAUAGGUGACGAGAUACAGAGGAGGUUGUUCCCGAGGAUAUUUAUGAGUCAGAAUUGUCUGGUGGUUCCUAAGUUGUCGCGAACCAUGCGCCAAGGCCAUAUGAAGCAGGUGAGGAAGAAAGGACUUACAGAACUAAGUUUACCACAAAAUGAAGUCACCGAAAUGUUUAGGAGAAAAGAGACGCCAUUGUCUGUAGAAACCUAUCAUUCGGCUAGACAAAAACAGAGAGUAAGAGUUAUGAACAGUUACUCUGAAUGGACCCCCGUAACCAGUGGAAUUCCCCAGGGAAUUAUGACACCAAACUGA